AAUCACUUCACUGCCACACAAUUCCCGUUUCAGCCAUGACAAUCCCACUUAUAAAGCCUCUCCCAGUUUUCACUUCCCACUUCUUCUUCUUCUUCUUCUUCCUCCUCCUCCUCUCCUCCUCCACCGCAGCAAAAUCUAAACAACCAAGCUUCGCGAAAACCCUAGAUAAAACUCACAUGGGCUUCGGCAAGGAGAAGCUAACACGCUUUCGGAUCUACUGGCACGACAUUGUCAGCGGCCGAAACCCCACUUCUGUUCCCGUAGUAACACCCUCUUCCAACAGGACAUCGCCCACCGGGUUCGGUUUCGUCAGCAUGAUCGACGAUCCGUUGACGGCAGGGCCAGAAAUGACGUCGAAAUUGGUGGGCAGGGCACAAGGAUUUUAUGCGAUUGCUUCGCAAGAGGAAGUCGGUUUACUGAUGGCGAUGAACUUCGCCUUCGUGGAAGGGAAGUACAACGGAAGUAGCAUAACGAUCAUGGGAAGGAACACGGUGUUUUCGAAGGUGAGAGAGAUGCCGGUGAUCGGAGGGAGUGGAUUGUUCAGGUUCGGUAGAGGUUAUGUGCAGGCUAGAACUCAUAAAUUUGAUCCGAAAACUGGAGAUGCCACAGUUGAGUAUGAUGUUUAUGUAUUACAUUAUUAAUUAAUUGCAGGUGGGGUUGGCGUUUGUCUGGGACUGAGGAUAUUGUUUGAAUUGUGGUGUUAUAUUAAAUAGAGAUAAUAACUUUCCACUAAAUGAUCAAUUAUUUCGUUAGAUGGUAA